CGGCAUGACGCUGAGGUUUCUGAGGGCGCCUGCGUGGUCCCAGCUCCCCACGAGGGGAGGGCAUCUAUGAUCUGCGGUUUGCUGUUGUCUCUAUAAAUCCCCCAGGGCUGAGGCACAAGCACUGUCACUUUUCCCAGACGGCGACAAUGCUUAUCCUGAUCCUGCUGCCUAUGGCCUUUCUCCUGCCCCCCGGGGCUGGGGCUGGAGAGAUCAUCGGCGGACAGGAAGCCCGGCCGCACUCCAGACCCUACAUGGCCUAUCUGAAUAUACGACGUAAAGACAAGAGUUUUCGCUGUGGAGGGUUCCUGGUGGCAGAGAACUUUGUGCUGACGGCCGCUCACUGCAAUGGAGACAAAAUCACUGUGUACCUGGGAGCCCAUAACAUUAAACAAGAGGAACAGAGUCAACAGAAAAUCUCCGUCCGCCGCCCAAUCCCACACCAGAUAUACAACAGAGAGACCCAUAACAAUGACAUCAUGCUGCUGCAGCUGGAGCACAAGGCAAAGCUCAAUGAACAGGUGGGGCUCAUCCCUCUCCCCCCGGCUUAUCAACGAGUGCAACCAGGGACCGUGUGCAGCGUUGCCGGCUGGGGCUGCACAAGCGCACUCAGGAAGGUGCUCCCUGAUACGCUCCGGGAGGUGGAUUUGAAGGUGCUGGACGAUGAGGCCUGUCUGAAGUAUCCUGGUGGGAUAUAUCGUAAAUAUAACACCCACACGAUGAUGUGUGGGGGGGACCCAAAGGAGCACAAAGCCUCUUUCAAGGGUGACUCUGGGGGCCCCCUGGUGUGUGGGAAGACAGCACAGGGCAUCGUCUCUUGGGGGUCUGUCAAUGGGACCCCCCCAAGUGUCUAUGUGAGACUCUCCACCUUCAUCCCCUGGAUACGGAAGACAAUGAAGAAGCUGCAGCCCUGAGCCGUGCUGGGAAUUGCUGCAGGGGCUGGAGCUGCGUCACUUCUGUCCUUUGCAUUGGCCCAGAUGUAGCUGCUGCUUUGCAGAGGGGUUGACUCCCCGCAGGCUGAUCUCCCCCACCCCAGACAUCGCUCCUCUCAGGAAGUGCCCAACCCAUGAGUAUCAGAGUAGGGAGCCUGGGGGAGUUAGGAGCCAUGUUCAAUUCCAACUCCCUCAGCUCCCUUGGCAAUCCCAACCCAGGCCCUUAGGCUGCGUCUUCGAUAGGGAAUCAGCUGGUUUAUUUCCCCCGGGGUAACGGACACUGGCCAAACCCUGGGGCAGACACAGCAGCUUGUAGCCCUCCCCCAUGUCAACCAGUCAAGUGACCGUUUAUGAGACAUCCUGACCUGUUAACUCCUGUUAAAACUGCAGCCUGCCCUGUCCUCGUUGGGCCUUUUCCAUGUUAUUUCCCCUGGGGUAGCCACUGCCUGUUCCAAAGACACCUGUUCCCAGCGCCGCCAAGGGGAGCGGGAGUUUGUUCAUGGGAAGGGAAAUUAGGAAAUUAUGCACUGAACUGAUUUCAGCUGAAAUGACAGCUCUGAGUGCCUCCUUCUAACCUCCCCUGCAUUUCGCUCACUGCCUUUUAGCCGGCAAUGAAUAAAAAUGAAG